UGUGCAAUAUAGUGAUCGUCUGGGCUGUCCCUUACUCAUAUUAUAACUGUGGUCUGUGGUACCACUUCUUUACAUUGGCAACACCACCCGUAUCCGCCGAUCACCAUAAAUAAAAAAUAACCUCACUAAUUUUAUUGUUAAGUUAUUAUUUAUCUUCAAAAUUAACUAAAUAGAUUAAUAAUUUGGUUAUUUAUUGACAUUAAAAUAUUUAUAGUUCAAAAUGGUGAUCAUAACAUGGAGAUUUCGAGGGUUAUUUCGAAGACUAAAAGGCUAUAUAUUUUGGAAAAUAUCUCAAGCAUCGUUGACCGCUCGUUCUCUUACGUACAAUGAGCACAUGAGCCAAAGCUAUGCGGUGGAUUUCCUAUUGGAACCUGUGUUUUGGUUUGUUGACAACUUCGCCCAGUAUCUUGGAAAAAUGUUCGUUUUCUGCGUUUCUGUUCUAACAAGCGCGGUUGUAGGCGUGGCUUACUGGGUAGGUCUGCCAUACUGGUGGCAGAGAUGUCCUUAUACAACUGUAUUUCUAGUCAUAUUUGGCAACUGGCUGCUGAUUAAUAUUGUAUUCCAUUACUACAAAGGUGUUGUUACUGAACCUGGAUACCCACCGCCGAGCACACUAAUAUCGGAUGCAGCAAGCAUAUGCAGGAGAUGCAUAUCUCCUCGACCGCCACGAACCCAUCACUGCUCAGUGUGUGACCGGUGCAUCUUAGCCAUGGAUCACCAUUGCCCGUGGCUCAACAACUGUGUGGGCUACUACAACGCAAGAUUCUUCUUUCUGUACAUGGUGUAUAUGGUCAUGGGUGUGGCGUUCAUCAUCACCGCAGGAAUUGAUAUUGGAUAUAAAGUUAUUUGGCUGAAUGAUACAGGGGGUAUAAUCCCAAAUAACGAUCCAGAUCUGAUUGGGCACCCGGUGCGGCUGAACCAGACGGGCGUAUUGGUUCCGGUAAAGGAAAUAGUGGAAUACGACUCUGUGAACUUUCCACGCGAACACAACCUACCCGUGCCGCCGAUCACGGAAGCUCAACGGAUCGCCGCUCACCCGUGGAAGAGAAAAGCGGUCGUUUUCAUGGCCGUCACAUGUUGCUCCGUGUUCCUCGCCCUCGGAACAUUAACUAUCAUCCACGGUAAGAACAUCGGCCGCGGAGAAACGAGCGUAGAAGCUCACAUCAACGAGAAGUUACGCAAGCUAUCUCCAGGCACUUUUAGGAAUCCAUAUGAUUUCGGUAAGCGGAAAAAUUGGCGUCUGUUUCUUGGUCUUACGCAGGGCCGAACGUUUUUGAGGCAUGUUUUGUUGCCUUCUGGGCACGCGCCCACUGGAACUGGGCUGGCUUGGCAUACUGUGCGAACUUCACUUGAAGACUGGCCUUGAUUUUAUGUACUUCAUUCAUGGCUCUUAGCUAAUUACGGGUAGUGCUUUGCACUGCGAGAUAUUUGUGAAAGUUUUUUAGCAUUAGAAGGCGUAGGUAUGCAAAUGUUUUAAUCGAACAGACAUAAUUAGUAUGUCGUUAAAUUAUUCUGACCUAGUUAAGAAGAGUUACCACAUGUCAAUGCUCACGAUUUAAUGUUCAGGAUUUUUUUUUACCAAAACUUAUGACUUAAUGUUUGAUAUUAAUGUACAGUUUAUAGAUACGAAAGUACAGAUUGUGGUAGUUCUUUAUUGAAUGCAACAAAAAUAUGUUUUAGGUAGUGUCUCAGUAAAUAUGUUAACAGUAUUUUUUAGAAGACAAGUGCUUCGCAAUAUUAACUCAUGCACAACAGUUAUUACAUUAUUGUUUUUACGUAAUAUUAAUUUAUCGGGUGUGUCGUACCUAAUCACAUUAAAUCCUACCACAUAUACUUCAUCAUAUUCUAUGGUGAAUUGUAAAAAAACAACUUAAUCCAUUCAGUGGUUUAGCUACAGUUUCAUUUUUCGUUUUCAUCGUAAUCGACAUAUUUUUACUAGUAUAUUAACGUAUGUAUUUAAUUUAAUGUGUUUAGAUACGACACACUCUGUAUACAGUUUACAUGUCGUGUUUAAUGGCAACUGUAGAAAACAAGAAUUAGAAAAUUAUAAAUGUUCGUAAACAUUGACAAAAUGUUCGUAAACAUUGUAUGGAGGUAUGAGAGCAGAGAGUAAAGCUCAUCAUACCUCGCGGUAAAGGGAGGAUCCUCCGACCGGACAGGUGUUUUUGUCCGGUGGGCUACUGCCCGACUGCCCGAGUGCCCGAGGUCGCUGGAUGUGGCUGAGGGUGCUGACCAGGUAUGUGCGUCCGCAACAUGCUGGUGGUAAGGGAUACCCAUUUGAAGCUGGCUGGCUGAAGAACUCGUCGCUCGAAAGCCUGAGGAAGGUCUUGCUGAUGACGUCACGUAGCUCGAAGGUUGCGUGUUCAUAUCACGUCGGCGGUAUGUGAGGUAGUUAUUGCGAUCCAGUGACGGGAAGAUGCCGAGUAUUUUGUAACUGUCCGUCGCGAAUAUGGUCGCGAUGAAGUAGAAAAUGAAAAUCGUGUGUUUUGUCAUUUUCGAUGCGGACGUGUUCGUGUUGCCGCACAGUUUGUUGGUUACUGUGGAGGUAUGAGAGCAGAGAGUAAAGCUCAUCAUACCUCGCGGUAAAGGGAGGAUCCUCCGACCGGACAGGUGUUUUUGUCCGGUGGGCCACUGCCCGACUGCCCGAGGUCGCGGGAUGUGGCUGAGGGUGCUGACCAGGUAUGUGCGUCCGCAACAUGCUGGUGGUAAGGGAUACCCAUUUGAAGCUGGCUGGCUGAAGAACUCGUCGCUCGAAAGCUUGAGGAAGGUCUUGCUGAUGACGUUACGUAGCUCGAAGGUUGCGUGUUCAUAUCACGUCGGCGGUAUGUGAGGUAGUUAUUGCGAUCCAGCGACGGGAAGAUGCCGAGUAUUUUGUAACUGUCCGUCGCGAAUAUGGUCGCGAUGAAGUAGAAAAUGAAAAUCGUGUGUUUUGUCAUUUUCGAUGCGGACGCGUUUGUGUUGCCGCACAGUUUGUUGGUUACUGUGGAGGUAUGAGAGCAGAGAGUAUGGCGAUUAUCACACUGCCCCGCAUGAUGCAGCGUUGUGCGUGGAUGCGUUUUUUUCCGUUGUAUGGAAAUAUCUCCGUUUGUAUG